AGCGACGUUACAAUUUACUUUUCACGCGCUCGCAUGGAUGGAAAUUUUCUGUUCUGACCCGUCACCUAAAACAACGCCGGGAUACACUCCUAUUUCCUAUUUUCAACAUGGCUGACGUUGAGGAGCCCAAGUUUAAUUCUCUCGCAGAUCGUAUCGCAGCUUUGAAUCAACAGAAGAAUUUCAGUACUCCUCCCAGUUCUGCGAAGCGACCUCCUCCGCCUCCGCCUCCUGGCGCCGGUAAGCCUUCAUCCCAGGCGCCGGUGCCAAAUGUGAAUAGACCAAAACCACCACCGACUCCUAACCUACCUGCUCGGCCACAGAAGCCAAAUCCACCAAGUUUACCACAGCGAACGAACACGUCCGGAUCGGCUAUCGAAUCACCCCCUGUCCUACCAGGGCGCGAUGCGCCACCACCACUUCCAAAUCGCAAGAGCUCCGCUCAACCAUCACCUGCUUUACCAGCUCGUAGGCCAUCAGCGCAACCACUGCAUAGUAGAAGAGGUUCCAAUUCGUCCGAAGUGUCCCACGUUUCGACCAUUUCGAAUCUCUCAUUAAAUCCUGUAUCCUCUCGCACAAGCACAACGUCCACCGAAACGCAGCCUGCGCGAAGAGUACUCGCCCCGGCUUUAGACUAUGCGAAACUCCCGCCCCUUCCGCCAUCAAGAAAAGAGAGGGAAGCACAGGCAGCUAGGGAAGCUAUAGAAAGGGAGCCGACGGAAGUCAUCAAAGCACCUCUACUCUCUGCAAGAUCCGCUCCGGCAGUACCCCAAGCGCGACCCGGUCUGCCACCAAGGUUACCCUCCAGGCCUAACAACCCACCCGCACACUCACAAGCGGAUGAAACCUCCUCUACAAAUCCUCGCCGCCUUCCACCGCCUCCCUCCGCAUUUGUGCGUCCAUCCACUACGUUCAACUCAGGCAGAACACCCAGCGCGCCUAACUCGAGACCCCGCGACGAUGCGCCGCCCCCAGUCCCGGUUAGUUCGCGACCAACUUUUUCUCAGAUUGAUGCGGUUGCCGUUCGUACAAGCACCAACUGUCUAAUAUGUCGAGAUUUCUCGGCCCCAGAUAACGUGGCUGCGCAAUAUCCCAAUCAUUCUCUUCCAAGACAUGAUCCAGUCGGUUAUCUGGCGAACGUGCUCUGCGGCCCCUUUUCGUCAGCGACUGACAAAGCGAGAGCUAUAUUCACGUGGUGCCAUCACAACAUUGCUUACAACGUAGAAGAGUUUUUUGGAAAGUGUAUCAAGGGUAGAAACGUAGAUGAGACCAUAUUCCAUGGCAAAGCAGUUUGUCAAGGCUAUGCGGAAGUCUACCAAGCCAUUGCUCAGCGUGCUGGUCUACAAUGCAUCGUAGUCGGUGGUCAUGGGAAAGGUUAUGGUUAUAAACCUCUCACAAGGGGACAGCCGCCCCCACCGAGGGACGCCUCAGGUCAUGCUUGGAAUGCAGUUUGCAUAGAUAACGGAGAAUGGAAGCUGAUCGAUGCAUGUUGGGGUGCCGGCUCGGUUGGCGACCAACAAUAUCAUAAACAGUUCAAGCCUCAGAUGUUUUGCUUGAGCAAUGAUUUGUUUGGACUCAAACACUUUCCCUCAGACGACCGUUAUUUCUUCAGAAACGACGGCCGCAUCCUAACGUGGGAAGAAUAUAUCGUUGGGCCAACAAGAGGUGAAAAGGCUGAGUUUUACGGCACGGCUUCAGAUGAGGGCGUCUCCGAGUUUAAUUUCAGCCCUGCUGAGAAACACGUCUCCGUAUACAGCGGUGAAGUAGUGCGCUUCCAGUUUUCCAAGGUUUGCGAGCAUUGGAUUCCUGAGCGGCAUGGGAAAGGCAGAAGUUACCUGCUCCUCAUGAAGAUCCACGGGUUAGAUGGUAGGAAAGAGGACUUAGUACCGCUAGAAACAGAUGGGUUCUGGUGGUGGACAGAUAUCCCUGCGAGGGAUCUGGGCGCUCCGGGCCAGACAAUCUUCCUUUACGCACUCACGACCCUCAAUAACAAGGACGCGAGGGGUGUCACCAAAGAGGAGUAUUACCGAGCGAAGAACGGCAAUGGUUAUAGUAUGAGCUGGGCCAUUUUUGCCAAGUGGGAACUCGUAUAAAAUAGCAUAAUGGAGCAUGUUUAGGACGAAAGGGCAAGGUUGAUGGGCGGUAUACCCGGGAUAUUAUAGACAUUGUUAUAUAUGACGUUUUCGUGAUCUUAGUCAGUGUUAGAGCAUUUUCUUUUUUGUUGGUGAAGCCGAGGAUUAUUCAGAAGACGGGAACAAGCUUCUCAGCUUAUAUGGAAACAUAAAGGAGCUAUCGGGUUACAGGUUAUAUCGAGUCAAGUUAGGUAUGUCGGUUACCUACAUACUAUUAGCUAGUGGACAAGAAGAAUACUCCUAAGUGUUCAAACUUGACAUACGGGCCUAUCCUUGAAGACUCCAUAUUAUAAAUGCCCCCUGAAGAUUUCCAAGGAGCUGUUAGGGGGCUAGGUAGUUGCCAAUCCUCCACUAAUAUGGUAGAAUUGAAUUAUUCGGUAUUAGAUUGGCAAGCUGACUAAUGAGAAUCACAACUCCGAAAUUAUUGGAAUGGAUUCUUCAC